AUGUGUUGGUCCUCGACAGUGGAGAGGCAUUCUGUGACGGUGAAGAAAGAAGAUGCGACGGUGAAGAAGGAGGCUGCGACGGUGAAGAAAGAAGAUGCGAAGGUGAAGAAGGAGGCUGCGACGGUGAAGAAAGAAGAUGCGACGGUGAAGAAAGAAGAUGCGAUGAAAGAAGAUGCGACGGUGAAGAAGGAGGCUGCGACGGUAAAGAAAGGAGAUGCGACGGUGAAGAAGGAGGCUGCAACGACGGUGGAGAAGGAUGCUGCGACGGUGAAGAAAGAAGAUGCGACGGUGAAGAAAGAAGAUGCGACGGUGAAGAAGGAGGCUGCGACAACGGUGGAGAAAGAGGCUGUGACGGUGAAGAAGGAAUAUGCGACGGUGAAGAAGGAGGCUGCGACGGUGAAGAAAGAAGAUGCGACGGUGAAGAAGGAGGCUGCGACGGUGAAGGAAGAAGAUUCGACGGUGAAGAAAGAAGAUGCGACGGUGAAGAAGGAGGCUGCAACGACGGUCGAGAAGGAUGCUGCGACGGUGAAGAAAGAAGAUGCGACGGUGAAGAAGGAGGCUGCGACAACGGUAGAGAAAGAGGCUGUGACUGUGAAGGAGGCUGGUGAAGAAGUUGGCUGCGACGACGGUGGAUAA